AUGGCCAAUCGUUUACAAAAUUUCAUAAAAAUAUUUAUUCCUAAUAAUAGUAUAAAAUUGAAAUAUAAGCCAACUCGACUUCAGACAAGCCCUACUUCUCGAGUAUUGCGGAAAAGAAAUAUUGUUUUAAACCAAAAAAUGCCUAAAACAAAACCAAGUUAUUACGCAGUUCGUAUUGGCCGUAAACCUGGAAUCUAUAAAACUUGGUUAACAUUACUUUAUGUUAGAUAUUCAUUACUAUCAAUGUAUUCAAGUCUAAUAUUCCGCUAUUUACCAUUUC